GUGGCUUCCCGUCGGAAGAGGAUAGAAGACGGACACGGUGCCGGAUGUUGCUGUCUGGUUUGAGCGGGGCCGGCUGCGGCGGGUAGGCGGGCCGCGCAGGCGCAGAGAGUCUGGGCCACGCCGCCCGAGGGAGCCUCAGAGCGGGAUGCGGUGACGCCCCUGGGUGACCAUGGCAGCGGCCGACGAGCUGGCCUUCCACGAGUUCGAGGAAGCCUCUAAUCUGCUGGCCGAGACCCCAGAUGCGGUCACUACCAGCGGAAGUGGUCAGCUGACCCCACAGGGGCACGUGGCUGUGGCUGUGGACUCAGGUGGUAGCUAUGGAGCCGAGGAAGAGGUCGAAGAGAGCGACAAGACAGCGCUCCUGCAGGAGAAGCAGCAGCCUGGAUUCUGGACCUUUGGCUACUAUCAGAGUUUCUUUGACGUGGACACGUACCAGGUCCUGGACCGAAUCAAAGGCUCGCUGCUGCCCCGGCCUGGCCACAACUUUGUACGGCACCGUCUACGGAAUCGGCCGGACCUGUACGGCCCCUUCUGGAUCUGUGCCACACUGGCUUUCGUCCUGGCCAUCACUGGCAACCUGACGCUGGUGCUGGCCCAGAGGAGGGACCCCUCCAUCCACUACAGCCCCCAGUUCCACAAGGUGACCGUGGCCGGCGUCACCAUCUACUGCUACGUCUGGCUGGUGCCGCUGGCGCUGUGGGGCUUCCUGCGGUGGCGGAAGCGUGUCCGGGAGCGCGUGGGGCCUUACACCUUCCUGGAGACCGUGUGCGUCUAUGGCUACUCCCUCUUCGUCUUCAUCCCCACUGUGGUCCUGUGGCUCAUCCCUGUCCCGUGGCUGCAGUGGCUGUUUGGGGCGCUGGCCCUGGCCCUGUCAGCCGCUAGCCUGGUGUUCACUCUCUGGCCUGUUGUCCGAGAGGACACCCGGUUGGUGGCCGCCGUGCUGCUCUCCACGGUCGUGCUGCUCCACGCCCUUCUGGCCACAGGCUGUAAGCUUUACUUCUUCCAGCCGCUGCCCCUGGAGCCCCUGGUGCCUCCACCCCAGGCCACGUCUCUGCCCCUAAACCUGCUGCCGCCGCCCACCCCAAGGUCCCAGGUGACCUAGGAGGGCCCGAGCCGCAGGCUCCACACGAGGGGACGCCUCCGCCUGCCCUGCCCCUCACACGAGGACUGAAGGCCCCCUCGACACCUCGAGAUCGCUCUGCUACUUUCCAGACUUUUCUUACAAAGCAAACACUUUUAUUUUCUAUGCAAAGGUGAUUUCAGAGAAUUUAUAUAAAGGUGGGAAAGGGGCAGCCAAGCAGGGAGCUUCCGGUGUGGCCAUCGCCCCCACGGGCUGCCCGCUAGGCCUCUGCUUUCCCUGGGGGGACGGUCGGGAGAGCAAAGGGGGCCACCCCCACCUCAGCUGUGCCUGCCCUUCCCGGGGUGCCCGGUCAGCAGGUCCUGGGGCCUCCUCACCUGAGCUCCACCACGGCCAAGUUUGGAGGGGUUAGAAACGGGGCGGGGGAGCAGAAGUAGAAGAAAAUGGCCUGUGCUGAAACAUACAUUUCCUUGUUUAUUUUUUUUGUUUUUUGGGGGGUGGGGGGGUGGGGAGAGGUCCCUGCAAGGCCCCUUCCCAGGCUAGGGAGGGACCACAAUGCCAUCAUAGUAAGAGGGACUGGAGCAUCUACAAAUGUGGGGGGAAACACACAGGCCUAAUGUGAGCUACAAGGGAAAAGGACGCCUUCCACGACCGAGCCUCGAGGUCUCUCAGGUCCGCCCCGAGCGGCUGACGGUGGCCCUUUCCUCCAGGCCUGGGGCCCACGGGGCCACCUGCUCUAGCUCUCGGCAGGGGUGGGGGAGGGGCCCUGCAGGGGCUCGGGGACAGGACAGCAGCAAGAGGCAGGGGCCGAGGACGGAGGGCCUUCCCGACAGCCGGGGUGGGUUGUACAUUCAAGUGUGAGGUGAACCCUUUGGUGGGAGGGGGCCUCGGGUCUCCAGAGGCCUGGCCCCACCCCUGUCCCGAAGACUCGGCAGGGCUGCCCCUCACCACUGAGCCUCUGAGUGGGGGAGAGGGGCUGCUGGCUCGGCCCGGCCGGCCUGGUUUCUCAGAGGGUCUGUGGAUUGACACUGGUUCUUCUCGUAAAAAAAUAAAAUUAAAAAAAGCAGCAUGUCA